UCUCUCUCUCCUCUUACAUUCUGGAAGAUAUUGGCAGAAAAAAACAAGAUUUACCGUUUACGUACGCAGCUACGAUAAAGUUCCAGUCUUUGCCCAAGAAACGCUAAACCCGUCAAACCUUACCAAUGGUUUUGUGAGGAAAAGACCGGAACAAUACUCGUGUCUCUCUCUCUCUCUUUCUAUAUAGACCCGCCAAUCGUAUUAUUCUGCCAUUUGCCCCUAACAAGAGAGAGAGAGAGAGGAAUGGCAGAAGUGAUGGAGGCGUGGGUGGGAGAGCUGUCAAAGCUGGGAGAGAGGAUGAAACCCUGCAAGAGGCUGUUGAUGCAGAAGGCAAAGAAGGUGUCCAAACAACAACAACAACAACAACCAGAAGAAGCUGACAAGAGAGAGAAACAGGAAGCUACAACCAUGUCUGAAACCACUGUUUGUCUCCUCAUGGACCGUUUUGUGCCUUGGUGAUCAUCCUCCCCAACAACAAGCUUCCCUCUUUUUUCCUUCUCAAUUAUAUACGUCUAUAUAUAUAUGUAGGUACAUAUGUAUAUGAUUUAAUAUUCCCAAAUGAUCAGUUGUCAGCAAAUCUAAGAACCUUUCAAACUUUUUAGCAAGCUAGCUGCUGUAUAAUCCGUACCCUCCACGGGUUCUUUUGAACUCUGUUGCAGUUACAUUCAUGGUAUACAUGCAUUUGUGUACAUCAUGGAUAUAUAUCCCAAAAUUCCUGAAUUAAAAAAAAACGUGUAUAAACAAGAGAUUGAUUAAGUGUA